UUUGAACUCGCAGGAUCGCAAGUAUAUUGACGGAAUAUGGUACCAGUAUUUCAUUGAAAUUAAUAACACCACAAUAAAAUAAAAACAAAAAAAUAAAGGAUAUAGUAAAAAGACGUGUGUGAUUCGGUAACGAAGUGAAAGACUAAGCGAGUAACUGUCCCAAAAUGUCGCACUUCAGCGCAAUUUUCGAGAAUUUACGAUUGGUAGCUGCUAAACGUAUGCCCAACACUCCCACGCACCAACAAAGCCAACAGCAGCAACAACAAAACAAUGCAAAAGCAAACGAAGAAAUUCAACCAAACUAUCAUUCCUCACCACCAACACCGGAAAUGUGCAACGAAAAAGAAAAUGACAGCAGAAGGUCGCAAAUAUACAUUAAACAGCCACACGAAAAGCUGCAGCAGCAAACUGUAUCUCUGACAGCAAUGACAAUAGCAGGUGGGAGUAAAAGUACCGAUUGCACUCCCAACCGACAAAGUUACGCAAAAAGGCAGAGUAUAUCAGGCCGAGAAGCUGAUAAUGCUAAAAACUCGACGGUGCAUAUGGGGCGCAGCUCGGUGGUAGGCAGUGGGUCUGGUGUUAUUGUGGAAAUCGAUGUAAAUUGCAACAGUGGGGGAGGCGGGGGCAAAGCUCGCGAGCUCUCACCUACCCCGAAGAAUACCGGACAGCGCAAAAUGUCGCAGGAUUUUCGUGCGCGUGCUGGUAGUUUUAUUCACAUUGACGAAGAGGGACGCAGUAUACUCAUACGUAAGCCGGUGCGCCUAAAGAAUAUCGAAGGUCGUCCAGAGGUUUACGAUACUUUGCACUGUAAGGCUAAAGAGUCACUAUCGUGUUCGAAGGCAACAUGUAUGAGCAGUGUUAUGGCGCUAGGGACGGCGCCAGUUGAAGCAAGAAAGUCUGAUAUAGUUAUGGAACAUGCUAAAGACUUUUUGGAUCAAUACUUUACAUCAAUAAAAAGAGCUUCAAGCGUCGCUCACGAUACUCGUUGGAAACAAGUGCGUCAAAAUAUCGAAUCUAGUGGUUCUUAUCAACUUACAGAAACCGAAUUGAUUUAUGGUGCAAAAUUGGCUUGGCGGAAUUCAUCGCGUUGCAUUGGACGCAUACAAUGGUCCAAAUUACAG